CUACAUCUACUUUCGGUUUCAAUUCCUGUACGUGAUAAAAGGUGCAGUAUGCACUAUUACAGGAUACACAUUAACUGAUUUCCUGCUGGGUUGUACAAUUCCUGAUAUUUUCCCGUGUGUCCGCUUCAUUCCUUACACCAGAGAAUAUUCCUAACGAAAUUAACAUGGACACACGUCCACAACAGACUAAGGUAAUUCAAUACAUAUUUAAUGACUAUCACAGUGGUCUAUACGAGGAUUUGUUUGGUUCUGACGGAGAGUAAUAAGGCAUUUGCUAACCGGUGAAAAUUGGAUUCAGUACGAGGGGUCCUUAUAUACUCGUCCUAGUCUUGUGAUCCUCUCCGAUGUUUCCAGAAUUGUGAAAUUCAUGACAGUUGGGCUUAGGGUAAAGGCCCCAAGUUGUGGGCUAAGUUGGUCAUAUAUUGCAAAUAUAUUAUUUAUCUUAGAAAAUAUUCUUUCUUAACUUUGGACAUGCACGAUUAUAAUAAGCACUCAAUUUUCUACCAAUAAUGUGAAAUUCAUGACCGCUGGGUUCAGGGUUAAGGCCCCAGGGUGGGGCUAGGUUGGUCAUACAUGUAUAUUGAAUAUUCAUUUCAUCUUAGACAAACUUCUUUACAUGUGGACAUCAAGGUCACAAAUAUGAUCUAAAUCUAUCAGAAAUAUGUCCAAAAACACUAAAAUGUCCUAUUUUGGCAAAACUCGGUAUUUUCGGGAAAAUUUACCCCCUUAGGCCUCCACGUAUGGCUUUGUCCCACUAGGGGCCUCAAAACACAGCCUCCAGACACCAACCUGGUUACUGCCCCCUCCCAUCCCCGGUUCAGGAAUUUCUUUGGAUUUUUGAAAAUUGAAUUCGAAUUCAGAAAAUCGCAAAUCUAUUUUCACAGGUAGAUUUUUAUGGAUGCAAAGUGUUUCAAAACUAAAUUCCACAAAUCAGAAUGGAAGACUGUCAUGAAGCAGGUCACUUUUAAAGGGAAAGAAACAAACUCGUACGGAAUUGCUCGCUCUAUGAUGUAACUUGUAGAAUCUUCUGGUAUUUGAUUGUGAUUAGGGAUUUAAAUGUUGUUCGGUAUGAAUAGGAGAAUAUACAAUUGGAGCAUUAUAUAAUGCCCAUUCAUGAUUUAACUAGUGUGUAUUUUCAUUACAUAAUAAAACAGGACAAUUGAUUUUUAUAAAUAGUUUCACAUUACUCAUACCAGUAUUUCCACAUUCGCGGAGAUUUGUACACAGCAAAAGGGCAAAGAUGUCGAUAGAUAUACACCGAAUUGUGAUUGAGAUUGGUUUGGGUGAUGAAAAAUUAGCAAGGAGCCUAAUCGUAAGGAGCGACGAUGAUGAAACGAUACAAGACUGGAAUACCACUUUAAUUCUAGUCUCACACAAGUCAUCCACAUGCGUGGUAUCAACUACAGUGGAGACCAAAACAAACAAGGAAGUCCGCGUUCAGAUCCCAGCGGACGCGUCAUUCUCCAAAGUCAUGAAGGACUAUACAGUGUACGUGUUCGGAGUACGUGCACAGGAUUCCAAGGUCGUGUUCGAGUCUGAGGUGUUUCUCGUAGAUCCCGAACAUCAUGAAAACAAUGACGAAUCUACAUUACAUUUAAGCACAGUUAAAGUUACUAUAACGCAUACACCUGCAUCACAAUACGCAAUUAAAUGUCUACAUAGAGGGACAUGUAUAAUCUUCCUUGUGGAUCUCGAAUCAAAGGAGAAAUACUGCUUUAAAAGUAGCGGUAAUGCCCACAAGCUCAUCACGCCUUUAACACCUUUAAAAGAUUACAAGCUAACACUCUAUCUCGGGGAUGGCAUGCAUCCAGAAAAUGUCAAUUUGACAUCUACAGCAAAAUCACAAUUUCGAGCUGUUAUGACUAAACGAGAGAUAGGAUUGCUCUGCAAGGAAGCCGCCAAAUUUAGUUUCCGGUUUCCCUAUAAUCCAUUCGUUCCAAUUUCACAUCUCUAUAGGAACAAACCAGACGCAUACUACAACAACAUAUUUACAAAGAAGUGUGGAAUCAUGGGUAAAUACAUGAAAAACGACGGUGGAGACCAAGCAUCGCCAUUAAACAGAGCAAUACGUGGCCUGUUUUUCAGUGCUCACUUGAUGAGGGACACACUCCUCCCACCGAUCGUGUCGCCUUUUGGAGAUGUGCGAUUACAUAUCCCGUCGACGUUUUUUCUGAAUCCACACCUGAAUCUUUAUUUUGCGGAUUUUUAUUGUCAUGUUGUAAAUCAUCACGUUACUCUUGUUGUAACAGUAAAAGAGAGCGAUUCCGAUAAGUUUUGUGAAGAAAGAUUGGUUAGAUUAAAUCCUACAAAUAAUCCUUUUCUAUAUUUUGAUGCUCGCUCUAAUGUCAGUUUCGUUAAUAUGGCAGUAAAUAUCGAAGUAUUGUAUACCGAGGAUAUCGAUUUAAAAAAAUUACGACAUCCUACGCGUAGUGGGGAAGUAUUCUUCUCAAAAUGUCCAACUAAAGGCGAUUCUAAAACUAAGUCCUUCUCGGGGGGACCCAAAAAUGAAAAUUGCGAUAUUUGUAAUUUAACACCCAAGCAUGAUUGAAUAUCACAAAUGUUCUUUUUUUACCACUUGUAACAUCGUACAGCAAAGUAAAAUUAAUUUUACCUGAAUGAAAUUUUAACUUUGGCGGACAUAACGUUUUAUAUUAUUAACUAGUUUUCAACAAAUUUAUUUUUAAAUACACCAUUAUAGACAUAUUUAUUUUCAUCCAAAGAAGUUUUACCUCCUCGCCGUGAAAAUCUUGUUUAAUGUUCUCAUUUUACGGAUGAGGUGAUCAAUGUCUACACAUUACAGUUUGUGUUUAUCUAUAAUUUGUUCAUUUUUAUUGAAGUUUCCAUUGAUAUUUCCAAUUCUACAUCUCUACCAUUUUAAUGAAUCAAUUUUAUUUACACUCUUAAGAUACAUACAUAGUUUGGUGACGUUUUAUUUUUGUUGUUUUUUUUAUUUUUGUAUGCGUCAUAAAUAUUGUGUGUACAAUUUAUAUCACUUUUGUUUUGUAAUUGUUUAUACACUAGUGAAUCUAAUAAUGUCUCUUUUGUCUUGACCCAAUUAAUAAAUUGAUCACCAAUAGAA